CCGCCUGCCUCGACCUCCCAAAGUGCUGGGAUUACAGGCCUGAGCCACCGCGCCCGGCCAGGUCCCAGACAAAUUUAACAACAGAAUCCUGUGUUUCAAACCUGUGGUCUGCUGGGCCCACAGCCUCCAGUUUUCCGAGCACCCCACCCCUCCCUAUUGUCCACAUGGGGUUCCUGGCUUUGGGCCCAGCCAGUGAAGGUGUUAGGACCUGCCAUCCUCUAAAUCUGAACUACGUGGGCAUCAUGAAUCCAAGUCAGUCCAGAACCAUGGCCCGUGGAUGGGCAGGUACCAGGGGGCUCUGGGAUGUGGGACAAGCAGCCUUGUCCAUGCAGGCAUGUGCACCAGGUGGGGCUUCCCCUUGUGUCUCUUCCUGUGGGCUGCACCUCACUGGCCGAACUCUGUGUGUGGUAAUCCAGCCUCGGGUGACUCACCUAACCUCUCCAAGGGUCUGGAGCUCUGUGAUCAAGACCUGCCCCUCUGCCCCGCUUCCCGCCUCCCUCUGGGCUGCUCAGCUCCCCAGGACCUCUGGGCAGGCCCCCCCUGAGACCUGCCAUCUGCUCUGGACACCAUUGGGCUUGCUGGCUCUUCACAGCCUUGUUCCAGACUGCAUCUCUGCAGGACUCACUUCUGUACGGUGUCCUCGUAAUCCAGCACUCCCCGCUCUGCUAAAAUGCAAACUCCAGGGGCAGGCUCUUGUUUUGUUCUGGAGGCAUUCUUGCACUGUAGGAGUGAAUCCAACACAAGUCACAGCCACCUGGCCUGGGCUCACCUUGCUCCAUCUUAAAGGCGAGGAGCUCCAGUCCCUGAGCUCUUGCCAGCCUGUCCAAGACCACACAGUGGCUCUGGAAGAGGAGGAGCAGGUAGCCUGGGAUGUGCCUAGGGACUUUCUGAAGGCUCAACCAUCCCAGUUAUGACCUCCCCCUGCUCCUCCUUGCAAUACCCCUCUUCAUUCCUUGUGGAGAAGUGUGGGCUCCAUAGAAUGAACUGGCAAGUGUGCACGGUGUGGACGGCUCUGAGCAGCUGCCACCACCUGGGGUAACAUGGGCAAGGCAGAGGACACAGUCUCCAGCCAGGCGCCUAUCACCAGCUGCCUGGCCUGGUACAAGCUAUGUUACUUCUCCCUGCCUCAGUUUCUUCAUCUGCACAGCGAGGAUAAUAACAGUGCUUACCUCUUAGGGUUACCAUGUGGUUUAAAGAAGGAAAUGCAGAGAAAGUGCUUAGGACAGUGCUGGCCUUGUAGGAAAGACUCACAAAUAUUCAUUGUUUCAUUGAUGAGAGCAAGAAGUGCGCUUGUUACAUAUUCACCCAAUAGUGUGGGGUGGAGGAAUGAUGUACAGGCGGACACCCUCUUGGAGGACCUGCUAGUGUCUUACUUCCUCUGUACAUGGAUGGCGACACAGAGGAGGAAGUCUCAAGUUUACUGGUUUUUCGUUUCAAAGGGUCUCGUGUCGUUUAAUAGCCCUGCACUCAUACUCGCCCGGAAGUGUGAGCUUGGUUCUCCCUGCAGCAGCAUCGUCACUAAUGGGUAUUUUCAGCCCUGCUGAGGAAUCUGGGCCUGCUCCUUGCCUCCCUCGCCUUCCUCUGCAGCCCACGUGAAUUAGCCUGCCUGCCUGCUUAGGGACUGGUCCCUGCAGUGUGGCUCCUGGGGCCCCAGCUUCACUCCUUCAAGGGCCAGGAUGUUGAAGAAUGGGGAAAAGGACCCCUAUGCUAGCCUGCCCUGUGUGGCCCAAGGACCCUUGCCAAGACCAGGUGGGGGUCAAAGUGCAGAAAAAGAAGGAUGUCGAUUUCAGAAGAAACCGUUGUGAGAAUGGCAGGAUGGCUCCAGCGUCGGCAGCUCCCCUGGGGCCCCACCCCAGCAGCUCUUGGCAGCAGUCACACAGCUCUCGCAUCCAGCCUCGGCCACAUGGAAGCAGGCCUCGCUUCCCCCAGCUUCCUCCUCUGCCCUGCAGGGCUCCUUUCCUGUCCCAGGGAGCUCUACUUCCCAAGCAGUUCUGUGGCCAACAGCUGGAGUCUUAUUUUAGGGACAAGCUGGCAGCCCAGCAUUUGUACUGAAUGUUCCGGGUCGGCCUGGCCCGCGCCUGGUGCACCAGUGGGAACCCCAUAAGGCUGGGCGUGGGGGAGCGAAUUGCUUCUGAGGUUUGCUGACAUUCUGUUUGGCUGCCUGAAAUGCUUUCUCUUCAUUCAAAAAGCAGCUGCUGGUCUCCGCCCCUCUGUCUGUCCUUCCUCCUCCCAGUGGCUUCCCUGUUCCUGCUAUCCUGGCUUUCCUGGCUUUUUAAAUCCUCAUCCUGGCUCUGGGGGGAAGGAGGAUGGGUCUGGAGCACCUGUGAGACCCAAGCCUGGGCCCACCACCACAGAGGAUGCAGCCUCCCAACCCCAAGAGCCCAAGAUUGGAGGCCCUGAGCAGAAGCUGGGGACACUGCUGGCCUCUGAGGGACUGGAUCCCAGGGCUGUGUUUCCUGCUCCCCUUGCCUUGCCCUGUGACGCCGCUGGCUGUGAUGCCCACUCCUUUCUCGCAGUUCCUUCCUGGGCUUCAACAGAGGCCUCCGACCCUCAUUUCCAUCCUUCUGCUGCAACUGCUCCUUCCAAGAUCCUCCUUGGUGCCCCCCCUGCCUCAUUACCCUUCCUCCAGCCUAGCUGGAGAGCCCUCCCCAGGAGCCUCAGAGCUGGUUUCGUGCCUCUGUCUCCUGCCAGCCACUGUGGUCUGUAUGCCACUGGCUAGCCCCCUGCAGGUGCCUGCACACCUUCCCUCUCUGGACACCUGCCUCUUUCUCGUCCCCUCACCGACAGACCCUAGGCACUUCUGUCUUCCCCUCCCAUCCCGACAGGUCCCCUCCACUCUGGCCAUAUGGCUGACCCAGCCGAUCUCUCUUCCCAGCCUAGACCUUGUUUCCAGUGACCUUCCAGCUUCCUCCUACUCAAGGACUCCUGCUCCAGACCAUGGCGCUGCCUGCGCUUCCCGCAGCCUGACACCCCAUAGCUCCAUGGCUUUGCAGGGGCCACGUCUUCUGUGCAGAAUUCUUCCUCCAGCUCCCUUUCUGGCAAAUGCCUGUUUCCUUCCAGCCCGGUUUAAUCUACACCCUCUGCAAUAUCCCCUGACCUGCCAAGUGACUGGGUCUUCCUCUCUGCCACUUCACAAUCCGGCAGAGCCUGCGCAAGCCGAGCUUGGCCUGAGGCUCUGGUGUGCCAACUCACUGUCAGUUGUUGAUGAGACCUUGAGCUCCCGGAGGCCAGAGCCCCAGUCCUCCCGCCCUCGGCUCCCAGUGCCUGGUGCCUCGCAGCGGCGGGGACCUGAUGAGAAUAAAGCUGUGAAACAGAUGGUCUUGGAAGCUGCAGCGCCACAACAGGGAGGGUCCACGGCUGGGAGCCUGCCCAGCUUGAUCGAAACUUCUUUUUAAAAGCACGCAUUUGUUCUUCACAUUCCAAAGCCUCACCCAGCCCUCCUAGAACUACCCUGCUGUGCACAAGGCCCCCAACACCCCUCAGAGGGAGUGAUGACUGUGAAGAUGUCUUGGAACUGGGAUCUACCACGGGGUCAGGCGGGCCCUGCCUGUGCGGGCACACACACCACUGGAUGCGUUUCCCUAAAGCCCCUGGAGUGAAAGUGAUGCUGCCCUCCACUGCCUUCAGCAAGAGGCAUCGGUAGGAGGCUUUCCAGGCCCUGAGUGCGGAGUCAUCCGGAGGGCUGGCUGCUGCGUCCAAGCACACACUCUGACCUGGCUGGAGCUCAGGUCCGGUCACAGGCUGGGUCACCUUGGCCUUUCGUCCUCUCAGCACGGAGUGACUGAGGAGGACCAGCUGCUUUUCAGCCUCAGAAGUUGGCUAGCAGUGGGGUGCAGACCCUGCCCCUGAUAAGGAGAGUUUAGCUGUCCCUUCUCUGUCAGUCCAUCUACGUUACAUGCAGUCCUCUCCCCACUGGACUUCCUUUAAACCUGGGUUGGCAAAGCAUCAACAUGUGAGUCGCCACCACUUCCUUCCUCUUGGGCAGCCACCGUGAACUCACCACAGGCUGCGUCUGAACAUAGCCUCAGAAUCCUUCUCAACACUGGAGGAGAACCACCGUGUGAAAUGAGCGCUGCAGACCAUGCGUGCUGCUGGGGCGAUGAUGAGACACCUCUGAAGGUGCCUGUUGUAGCUCGAGGGAAAACCCUGACCAUUUCCACAGUGAUCAUCACAGAUGGUUGGCAACGGGGUCAGGGGCGCCUUGGGGCUUCUAGUUCAACUCUCUUGUUUGGAGGAUGGCAUGGUUUGGAUCUGUCUCUCCACCCAAAUCCCUUUGCAAUCCCCAAUAUAGAAGGUGGGACCUGGUAGGAGGGACUGGAUCAUGGGGAUGCUUCUUGUGAUAGUGAGUGCUCACGAGAUCUGGUUGUUUAAAACUGUGUAACCCCUGCCCCCACCCUUGCUUCCUCCUGCUUGCUUGCCCCUUGCCUUCCGCCAUGACUGAAAGGUUCCUGAGGCCUCCCCAUGCUUCUGGUGCAGCCUGUGGAACCAUGAACCAAUUCAACCUCCCUUUAUCAAUUACCUAGUCUCGGGUAUUUCCUUAUAGCCGUGUGAGAAUGAACUAAUACAGAGGACGAGGACACAGAAGCACAGAGAAGGUGAGUGACGCCCCAUGCGUGUCCAGCACAGCAUUCCAAGGCAUGCCUUGUGGGCCACUGGGCCCUGUGGAGUGGUGGGGACCACACGCGCAGCUUGAGGACACCGCAUUCUGGGGCUCCCUCUGAGGGACUGUGUAUGUGGUUGAUGUUACAGGUUCUAACAAGCAUGGCUGUGAGGAGCUGAUUUUGCUCACAGCAUGUGGUGCACUAUGCGUGUGAUCAUACGCAUUCCCCGUGUGGUCCUCCAGCCCCCAGGGAGAAGCCCACACUGGGGAGGCUGUGCCUGCUUCUACCUGAAAACACUGAGGCUGGCUCAGGUGUCCACAGUUGGUGAUGCAAGCAGGAGCAGGGCCAGCUGUUCUCUUUAUUUCCAUCAGAACCAGAGUGGUAGAGUAUCAGUCACUGGCUCCAUCGCCCAUGGGGCUGACGAUGCAUUUCUGCUGUCAGAAUCUCACACUCUUGGGACCAAGCUGAGCGAGAUCAGGUUUCCAGGCAUCCACAUGUGGUUCCUAUAAUGAAGACAGACGAUCUCCUUGAGUGGAAAGCAGUUUUCCAUCACUGGCAUCCCAGAAACAGUACCUGGGAUCUAUUAAAGCCUUAGUUGCAUGCACCAGGAUGCAGCACAGAGAGCCCACGACCGUGCCAUGUCACUGCUGUGACAGGUUGGUGCUGCUGGAGACGUGGAAUGAGCUCAUAGAGGGGACUGAAGGUGAAACAGAGACUCAGGUCCUGAUGAUGUUGCUGCAUACACACCACCCCCAUGUAGACACUGGGAACAACCAUCGUUUUAUUGUAUCAUCUAAUUGUGCGGAUUAGGAAUUUGAACAGUUGUUCCCUGCCCCACAGAGCUGAUAGUGGUUACUUGUGAUACCACAUCUGGCACAUGAGUUGUUCGGGGAAGUCCAAGACAGAUUCACUCCCAUGCUGGGGCCUCUAUGGGGGUGGCCAAGAGGCUGAGCUUGGCAGGGGCCAUUGACCAGAGCACCCACACGUGUCUCCAUCUCAACUGUCUUGGGGUCUGUGGACUUUCUCCCAGAGGGAGAAGGUUGCAAGAGAGGAGGUAGAAGCUGCCAGGCUUCUGUGAGUGAGCCUUCAAUGUGCGUCUCUCCUGGUACGUCCCCUGGAAAAGUCAAUGGAACUAGCCCGGAUUCAUGGGACUGGGAACUGGCUUCACUUCUCCAUGACAGCAGGAGCAGAGGCUUUGCAGCCACCCUUCAUCUGUACAGACUGACGGGCCCUCAGAUGAGUGCAGUGUGCCGUGGAGAAGGGAGAACCAGCCCUUCCCACUGAGGAGGCAGGGCUGAGCCUAUGUGCUUGCUUCUCUGCCAAGCCCCUCCGCAUUGCUCUGUGGCCUCUCUGCCAACUCCAUGCCCCUUGAGGCUGGCUCUUAGCAACAGCAUCUUCCUCUCCCUUGCUCUUCACCCCUGCCCUUAGGCCACGCCUGCUGCACUGCCCUUGUGCACACCUCCCUUCAUGAGUCCCUCUUCUGUUAACCCUGUGCCCGUGCCAUCUGUUUUCAACAUGGGCCUGACCCCAAAGGCACAUUCAAAAAGAAUUAAUCAUAUUUUUACGAUAACAAAAUGACAAAAAUUACAUGAUCAGUUUGUAAUAAAAUGAUACAUGCUAAAAAGUAACUUGGAAGAUUUUCCUUCUUUGGAGUGUCUGAGGGGUUAUCAAGGCCCUUCUGGAACUGACGAUAUGCGGAAGUGUUUGCUCCACCUUACGGAUACCAGGCCUGGGAGAACCCCUGAUCUCCAGCAGGAGAUCACACAUCUGCCCUGCUGCCCAGGUAGCGUGAGGCACUUGGCUCGGCUUGUCUCCUCGGUGCAUUGGGCACCCUCCAUCCACCUUGGGAGGUGUGGCACAGGGUGUGGCCAGCGGGCGUGUUGGGCACUUUCCAUCCACCUUGGGAGGCGUGGCAUGGGGUGUGGCCUGCAGGGGGUAGCUUCUGCAUCAGACAGUCCACAUGUGAGACGCGCUCCCCACCCCUCUCGAGAUGCCUGCUAUCUGCAGAAAGAGAUUCCACUGGGCAGCCCCCAGAAGAGGAGACUUCAGCAUACUGUUGGUGGUUAAUAAAUGCCAGCUCCCCUCUGUGAUCUUGUUGCUUCAGGAGGGUAGGUGAGAGGGUCCAGGCUCACGGGGCUUGCCCUCAUAUUUUCUUGAAGAAAAACACAGAAUUGUGAGUCCUAUGUUGGGUGUGGGUGGUGAGGGUGGUGAGGCUGAGUGCAUGCUGCAUUUGGGGAGGGUUUGAGGUGCCCGGGUUCCUUCACGCCUGUAUUCAGAAGGCAGCACUGAUGCUUCUGAUUUGAUCCUCACCGCAGCCUGCCAGCAGGGUCAUGUGGCUGUGAGCACCUGAAGUGUACAGUGAGGAAAUGGAGACGGGGGCGUUAUGUCUGGUACCCAGAGCCCUUGGCUGGCCCAGGAGAGACAAGGCCGAUCUGGAGCUCCAGUGAGCCCCGGGCCAGGCUAUGCCCACUGAGCUCCUCACUGAGACCCUGAUGGAUGCAGAGAUGAAGGAUAGGGGAGGCAGGCUGGGGAGUGUCCUGGAAUGUGGGGAAACCCAGGGGGUGGGAAGAUGAACCAAGAAGGAAGGAAUGAGCAUUCUUCCUUGCAGCUCCUCCUGCCCCUCAUAUCUGCAAAUGCCCCUCUGGGUUUCUGCUACUGCUGUGACCUUUACACUAGGAUGUUCACAUGAGCCCAUCCCUGCCCCCCACCGCUCACUGAAGCUGGGCCAUGCAAGGUGAAGGGCUGACUUGGACCUCCUUAGUCUGCAAUCCUGAAGUGGGGUGCAGGGUCAGGGAAGGCAAGCCCCGGGGCCAGUGGGUCUAAUUCAGAGGCAUCACGGUGAAGGGAGGGAAGCUAAGGAGCAGGAAAAGUGGCUUCGUAGUGAGAACAGACGCAGAACCACUUCCUUCUAGGGGAAGCUCGGGCUUCCUUCUUGGAAAUGAAUAACUCGCUUGUAUUGACUGGUUCUACUUGAGGGCACCUUCUCUGACAGUGCCCUGACCCAAGGCUGCAUGGCCCAGGAGCCAGUGGACCUGGCUGGCCUUGCUGCCUCCAUCCAUGUCAUCCCUAUAAGUGUCUCUUCUCUUCAGGCCACGACAUUGAAAGGCUUUGGUUCCUCUUCUUAGCAGUUUCUACUUCUCCAAGUAUCUGACAAAUGAAGGGCCAUUGCUCACCCUGGAGGCCGCUCUCCCCUUGACACCACACCCCCAGGCAGCUCCAUGUAGACCUCCACUGUGAAAAUGCAGCAGAGAAGCUUUGGCCUCAUGCUGUGUCGUUCCCCUUACACUGGAAAAGACACCUGAGGUCACGUGAGGCUGGUGGGCAAGGAGUUUGUCUGCCCCGACCAGGCAACUCUGGCCUGCAACCCACAUGGGACUGACCACUUCCUGAGAAGAGGAGCUCCUCACGGCCACACUCAGGGCUGUCGUCUCUCCCUGCGCCAAAAGACUGGGUCCCUGGCAUGCCCCUAGGCCUCCUUGAGGUCCUUCUGGCCAAAUCCAGACUCCCGUUGGCAUCAGUGCUGUCACUUCACCAUCUAUGCCUCUU